UCCGCUCCACCCCUUGGAAUGCUCGUACGGGCCAUAAAUUGGAAGUUAGGAGGAUUUCGCAAGCAUUAGCAUUCCUGUCUCCUUUAAACCCACGGCUCUUUGUGUUUGAUUCAAAGGAUUGACUAAGUUACCACUACUUGAUUAGCGAAAAGAAGUUUUAGCUAUGGGAAAUUUAAUUGGAAUUGACUCUCACAAGAAGCAACAGAUCGAAGACAUUGCUCAAGAAUUUCUACAAGAGUUCACGUUAGCCUACAACACAGCCUAUGGAGUUGAAUACACAAAGUUAACCUUGAAGGAAAUUGAUGCAGAAUCCUUUGCAGAAGAAAAACCAGCUUAUCAGUUAAUGCAGAGAUCGUGGGAUAGUAUCAAAAAUCCAUUAAAAAUGGGAUAUCUCACAAAGAAAGGAGCAGUUGUCAAGAACUGGAAGAGACGUUACUUUGUGGUUAAUCCUGAUUACUCUGUUGACUAUUUUGAAAAUGAAGAGGCAUAUGAGAAAGGUUUCAAACCCAAAGGCACCAUUUUUCCUUGUGGAUAUGAAGUCAAUGGUAACUUGGACGAAACAAUGGCAGAGAGAGUAAAGAAUCUGGCAAAACAGAUGAAGGUAGACGAGAAAGAAAUAGGCACCCCAGAAAAGUACCCUGAACACACAUUUGAGGUUUCCCAUUCUAGAAGAAGGUCUUAUCUCAUCACCGCUGAAAAUGAUGAAGACAAGCAUGCCUGGAUUGAAGCUUUCAAAGUUUGUUGCAGAAAAGCUGAAGGAUUGAAAAGUGAAGAUCCCGUGGGCCGUGCUGCUUUUAAAGUGGCUUUGUGGAAGACGUACUGGAGGUACAGAGUUGAAGGAACAGAGGAACAGGUUCUCAGUGAUAUCCUUGUGGACAGGAUCAACUAUCGUGUCAUGUCUGAUGUGUACGCUGAGAUUCGAGGAGGCUGGACAAUGAAGCAAAAGAUCAGAGAGCAGGUUGUGAAGACUUUAGAUUCUCUUGUAAUGGCUAUGGUCAUUCCAUCAUGGAAAGGAAUGCAGGAAUCUUCUCAGCAAAUGAAAACAGUCCUUGAGCCAACUAUCAAAGACAAAAAGGAUGAACUGGCUGCCGUGCAGCGCAAAGUCAUGUGGGAUUUAUCAGAGCUUCUGAAAAGUACUGUGGAAAAAGUGUUGAAGGACAUGGAAGAGACCAUGAAAGAAAUGAGUAAUCUUUUAAGAACAAGGAUGGAACAAGGUUUGGCAGAGUUAAGGAAAAUUUUCAUCAAGAAAAUCGAUGAAGUUAUUGAGAAAGCGAAGAACACUAAUGAAAUUGAAGCAUCCUUGCCUUCAUUCUUCCAGACGUUGGACAGAGCGCCUCGUUCAUUGUCCGUGUUGUACGAUGCUUUAGUUUGCAUUCGCUUUGUGAGCGCGCUCCACGAGAAGUUUCAUGAGCGUAUCAACAAACUGAACGGUCAUCUGGUGACAGACAUCGGAUCUGACAAGUUGGCUCAGCUUCUGGACUCAGCCAUGUUUACUUUUGAGGAACGUUUGAAUGAAGGAAUCUCUGGUACUGACGCGAAGGCAAACGGUGAAACAGCCGCGGACAUAAUGAAAGUCGUCAAGGAGGAAGUACUUUUGAAAUACGACGAGGACCAAAAAGUCGUGCUUGAAGAGUACUUGAUGGAGUCAAUGCUGUGCAUGUUGGUGCCUCACACCCACAGCUUCACGGAUGAAGUUUGCAAACCAAUGAUCAAACCAGUGGAAAGUAGCAUACCAGACCCCCUCCGUCAAGCAAUUUCACUCAAUGACAAAUAUGAUACCUACGUGGAAACGAGCUUACGGGACACAAUCAAGAAAAUUUCUGGCAUCGGAGGUUCACCAGUGGCUCAACCAAGUGGCGAGCCCACAACCGAAGAAGAGAAGACCGUGGAACCGAAAGCCGAUGAGCAGGCGAAAGACAAUGAUAAAACCUCGACUGAGCAACCCCAAGCUGAAGAGAAGGCCGGAGAAAAACCGGAUGAGACCGCAAAUGGGAACUCUGUAGAGGUCGAAGAGAAACCAAGUGAAGGCGACGAGAAACAGAAUGAGCUUGAAGAUAAGUCGAGUAAGGCCGACGAGAAACCAAGUGAGGACGAAGGGAAACCGAGUGAGGCCGAAGGUAAACCAAGUGAGGACGAAGGGAAACCGCGUGAGGCCGAAGGGAAACCAAGUGAGGACGAAGGGAAACCGAACGAGGCUGAAGAGAAACCAAAUGAGGACGAAGGGAAACCAAGUGAGGAUGAAGCGAAACCGAACGAAGCCGAAGAGAAACCGAUUGAGGCUGAAGUGAAAACGGAAGAACCUGAAACCGAGAAAUGUGAACUAACAACAGAGCUUUGAAAAUUGCUGCUAAGAUAACUUAAUGUAGACAAGUAAACUCUUACUGAAAUCCCACAAUAUACGGGGGCUGUACUGUUAGACUCUCUUCUUUCUACAACGGAAUUUAAGUGUAGGAAUACAUUAACGAGAGUCGCCAGAAAGAAAUAGGCUGUCAAUUGCUUCACGAAGCUGUUUGAAUGGGAUGUUAGCUUAUGAAACAAAUUCGUAUUCCUUCUGUACAGUUACUUGAGUUCCACAGAAAAUACUUCUCGAAACCAUGGUUUAGUUGAGCAGCUCUUUCAAACGGUAAUGGAAAAAAUUCAUAUGUGCAUAUCCGUUUUUCGAAGUAUUUUUGUAUUAACCACACCUUACACAGGAAAGUAAACUUAGAAAUGAGUAUUGGCGGCCAUAUAGUGCUUUCAUCUUGUCCGAACAUCUCUCAGAUUAUGCAUUUUAUAUUAAGAGGCAACUCGUCUGCCCUCGUCUAGAGGCAUCGCAGGGCGUGAUCCAUCUUUAUCUGACGUUAGCUUGAAACCGAAACUGAAAAACAGGUUUAAGAGUCACCGAUCGGCAAGGUUUUUCCUCAGUCCUAUGUGUGGGAGACGCAGGGGAUGGCAGCUGACAGAUCAAAUUUUAGACCCUGAGGCAGGGCUUUAAUGUCGAAAUCCCUACUCAACGGGGAGUCCUCUCGGUCUGUUUUUCGUUGAUAGCCCCCCCCCCACUUCCGCUCGUCCUAAGUCAAACCAUUGAUAGGUGCAUUAUGUAAAACAGCCAACUGUCAGGAAAACCUAACGAAACCUUUGGGUCGGCAUGCGGUGGAAUGGCAUCUUGUGAUUCUUGUCCUUGGAAAGAAGUAUACCACUCCUUACUGUUAACAAUUGAUACGUAGAGAAACAACACUGGUGUUUCAGAACGUCAUAUUUAAUUUCUCAACUAGACAAAUAAAUUCGAACCAGUUCCUGUAGGAACAUUUAAUUAAAGGAACAAAUAUUGCUAAGACAAGGGUAAAUAAAAAAAUAUUCUGUUAAUUAUUAAUAGGCCUAAUGAAUGGAUUUAUGUGGUGAGUACGAUUGUUAGCACUUGUUAUGCAUUCAUGAAAUAAUACACGUAGAGCAUAAAGUACUGUACAAUAUAAAUUUGGCCGAAUAAAAUUAAAAAGACUA